AUGAUGCGCCACCUCCUCGUGCUCUCCCUAUUCUUAACCCUCUCCACCCAAUGGGUCAUCUACCGCAAGGGAAAUGCCGUCAAACGGAAGAUUGUGUGCAAGCCAGAAUACGAGUGGGAUAACGCCAGCAGCAGCACCCCGGAGCCGUCGCGCGACUCGUCAGGUUCGGGUGAGGAGGAACGAUCGAGAAGAGCUGCAUCGGAUGAUCACAUCCUGAUCGCUAUCCGCCGUCGGAGAGACGUGGAGAUCGACCCCAAAAGGAAAGAGCCGAUAAUUUUCUUGGGCCAAAAAGUCAACGUCUCCACGUCCUUCGUCGACGACGGUGAUUUUGACAUCGUUUCCGACUACCUGACCUCCGAUGAAAUGAAAAUGGUCAAGGAACAGAUUAUGAACACGUGUAACUAUCUCGACCGGGACCGUCACUACGAAUCCAUCACUACUCGACGCAGACAGGCCAAU